AUGGAUUACGAUUCGAUCAUCGAAUUCCAUGAGGAUAACCAUUAUGUGAUGAAGGGUGACAUUGUGUGCCUUUCGUGCAUCGCAUCACACAAUCGCGAUGGCGUUCUCGGUUCCGAACGUGAUAUUCCACCCGACAUAGCAAUAUGCAUGCUCUACAUAGACAACGCACUUAUCAAUGAGAGCUCUGCGCAGGAGAUGAUGUCGGCGGAUUCAGAACAUAAAUCUGCCUCUGGUGCUGGUGGACAUAAAACACUGCUUUAUGGCCAUGCCGUUCAACUGAAACACGUGCAGAGUGAGAUGUACUUGGCGUGCCUUUCAUCAUGCUCCUCCAACGACAAGCUGGCGUUUGAUGUUGGCGUGCAAGAGACGAAUGAA